UGAUCAGCAGUUGUCAUAGACCAUCUCGCCGGGGAAAUGUAUUUGAGCCGGUGGAAAGGGCGCUUGUGCAGUGUGGAACUAGCAGUGGCCAGCGCGCUUUGUGUUUUAGGUAUCCAAGACACGUCCGAUUGAGCCGAGGUCCGGGUUAGUCUUGUGUUAACUUACUGCCGCAGAGAGACUGAGUCAUCUCGGAGCUGUCAUUUCAGCACCGUGCAGAUAGACGCAGAAUAUCAGGAGCGCAACGGCAAACACCAACAAAUCUCAAGUCAGCCUGCGUUUUGAACGACUUUGCGAUCCGAUAGUGUAACUUCACGGGGUCUUAGAAAAGUUGACUUUUGUCUUUUGGCCACAACGGUGCAAAGGGAGGUGACAUUAACUUUAAAAAUCGCUCUUGUUUGACCGCGUUGCAGAAGUGCUGACGAUGGGAAUAUAAACAAUAUAAAGUCCCCAAUUACCAACCGAGAACACUGAAAACCCGCUGCUAAACACACUAGAUUUUUGUGUGUGUUCAAGAAGAACUGAAUGUCAGAUCUCCAAACUCAAGGCUCCAAAUUUGGACAGCGGUUCUUAAUCUUUGUUUCAUCGCACUCGGUGUGUUCGCUGGCGGAAGGCGUUUAAGAUUGGAGGAAGGAUGGAUGAUGCGUACAGGGACAGGACUACCCUGGCGAGGGGCGCCAAAGACAUGGCCAAAGAAGUUAAGAAGCAAACGGUGAAGAAGGCCAAUGCCGGCGGCGAAUACACCAAGACAACUUACGCCAACUUUCAAGACGACGAGGGCUACAACUAUGGCAAAGCGACUCACGGAGAGGGUCCGCCAGAGGACGAGGGCUCCAGUGAUGCCACAGAAGGGCACGACGAGGAGGAUGAGAUCUACGAGGGGGAGUACCAGGGGAUCCCAGACACCUGCCAGAGGAAGGAGAACCAGGUCGCCAUUGGGCAACUUGUCUCAGACGACUACAAGGACCGCGAAGAGCUGGACGCCGAGAGGAGAGCUGACGAAGAGGAGCUGGCCCAACAGUACGAGCUGAUCAUUCAGGAGUGCGGUCAUGGCCGCUUCCAGUGGGCACUCUUCCUUGUCCUGGGAUUGUCCCUCAUGGCUGAUGGAGUGGAAGUGUUUGUGGUGGGUUUUGUCCUGCCGAGUGCCGAGACAGAUAUGUGCGUAGAAAAAUCCACUACUGGUUGGCUGGGCAGUAUCGUGUACCUCGGGAUGAUGCUGGGAGCUAUUUUCUGGGGCGGUUUAGCAGACAAGAUGGGCCGACGACAAGCCCUCAUUAUUUGUAUGUCCGUCAAUGGAUUCUUCGCCUUUCUAUCAUCAUUUGUCCAGGGUUACGGCCUCUUCCUCUUCUGUCGAUUCUUUGCUGGAUUCGGGAUUGGAGGAGCGGUUCCUAUCGUGUUUGCCUACUUUGCUGAGGUCCUGGCACGGGAGAAGCGGGGUGAGCACCUCAGCUGGCUCUGCAUGUUCUGGAUGAUCGGAGGGAUCUACGCAUCUGCCAUGGCCUGGGCCAUCAUUCCUCACUACGGUUGGAGUUUCAGCAUGGGUUCUGCGUACCAGUUCCACAGCUGGCGAGUGUUUGUCGUUGUCUGUGCUCUGCCCUGUGUCUCCUCGGUCGUGGCCCUCACCUUCAUGCCUGAAAGUCCUCGAUACCUGCUGGAGGUGGGGAAGCACGACGAGGCCUGGAUGAUCCUGAAACAGAUCCACGACACGAACAUGAGGGCACGGGGACAACCAGAGAAAGUGUUCACAGUCAAUAGAAUCAAGACCCCGAAACUGAUCGAUGAAUUGAUAGAGAUACAGACGGACACGGGCACCUGGUAUAUGAGAUGGUUUGUUCGAGUCAAAACAGAGUUCCAUGGAAUUUGGUUGACAUUCAUGAGAUGUUUUGACUACCCUGUCAAGCGAAACACCAUUCUGCUGAUUAUAGUUUGGACAACCUUGUCAUUUGGUUACUAUGGUCUCUCUGUCUGGUUUCCUGACGUCAUCAAGCACCUUCAAGCCGAUGAGUAUGCAUCCCGGGUGAAAAAGUUUUAUGGAGAAAGAGUCGAAGAUUUUGUGUUCAACUUUACGCUGGAGAACCAAAUCCACACAAAUGGAGAGUACAUCAAGGACAGGUUCAGCAUCAUGAAGUUUAAAUCGGUAAUCUUUGAAGAUUCCCUCUUUAAGAACUGUUAUUUUGAAGAUGUGACAUCUAUAUCGACCUAUUUUAAGAACUGCACAUUUACAGAAACCCUAUUCUAUAAUACAGAUCUUGAAGAAUCUAAAUUCAUUGACUGUCUGUUUAUCAACACUACAUUCCUGCACAAUAAGAAAGGAUGUCAGAUUAACUAUGAUGAAGACUACAGUGCCUACUGGAUAUAUUUUGUCAACUUCCUUGGAACGCUGGCUGUGUUGCCGGGAAAUAUUGUCUCCGCGUUGCUCAUGGAUAGAAUUGGACGUUUGACAAUGUUAGGUGGCUCCAUGGUUCUCUCUGGGAUCAGCUGCUUUUUCCUGUGGUUUGGGAACAGUGAAGCCAUAAUGAUUGGGAUGCUGUGCCUGUACAAUGGUCUAACCAUUUCCGCAUGGAACUCCCUUGACGUCAUCACCGUAGAACUUCUGCCAACUGACAGGAGAGCCACAGGAUUCGGAUUCCUGAAUGCCCUGUGCAAAGCUGCUACGGUACUUGGAAAUCUGAUCUUCGGCUCCUUGGUGGGUAUAACCAAAUCGAUCCCGAUUCUGUUGGCGUCCACUGUCCUCGUCUGCGGUGGCUUGGUGGGACUCCGACUUCCUGACACAAGGAACCAGGUGCUCAUGUGAUUCGGAACAGCCGUCCAUUGGAUUUUUUGGUGCCCAAUGGCAGUGGUCAAGUGAAAUGUUUGAAUAACAAGAUCCGUUGCGUAGACAAACAACUAAUUGUUACACACAAGUACUUCCUCUUUGCUUUCCCUUUAGGUUCCGUGCGGUUUACAUUUUCCUUUCUCGACUGUACACACUCUCACCUAAUUCAAAGCCAUGUAUUUAAUAAGGCUUCAGCCCACGAUUGUCCGUAUUACUGAUAGACCAAGAAGCGACAGUGAACCUAGUCUGACAGUGGGCUUUUUAUCCAACAUGUCUCCACUUAUUAGAUUUACCCUCUCAUCUAUAUAUCUAAGUCAAUUUGAAUUCUUCAGUCGCAGUGAAUCAUAUAAUCUGUCACAUUAGUAAAGUUUUGAGGCAACGCUGAUGGAAAAUAAUGGCACAUAAUUCAUCCUAACAAGAUAUUUAUAGAAUCCGUGAUGUGAAAUAAUUCCAUUUCUUAAUAUUCACUAAAUCAGUAAGUUGCAUUUUUCAUUAUAUUUUCAAUGGGCAAUGUCGGUAUAGAUCGGAGUAGAGGAUCUUAUGAGAAGUUAAUCAUCGUCUCUAAUCCUUGUUGCUAAUUUUAUGUCAUUGUAGACUGCAUACUUGCCCGUGGCUCUAGAUUCCACCCUUGUGGUAAUGAUGAAUGAACCAUUUGCCAAUUGUAAGCGGUGUCCCAAAGAAAUGAAAACUGUGGACUUGUGCAUUUCCACUAAUGCUGUCCAAACACAUUUAUUAACAAUAGAUCUGAAACAUCAAACCACUUUGAUAAAAUUAAUUCUUGAGGUUUUUUUUCUCCAGAAAUUACAAUAGGGUGUUAGAGGCAGCUGAGAGGAAUUUCUGGCCAUAGUUUUGCAUUUGCUAACUUUUUUUUUCAGAAAAUACUGUAGGAUGGUGGUAGUACAAUUACCAGUGCCCUUAUAAUGCAAAAUAUGAACUUUUUAAACACAUUUUCUCAUUUGAUGUAAUAUUGCUGUCAAUUUUUUUCCUUUUUAUUUUUUCCUGAAAAGUAAUACAUUUCUGAUUUUCUAGCAAAAAUGCACUCAAAUAAUUUUAAACAAAGAAUAUAUACACAUUAUUCAAUUAAUUAUAUUAUUUUACAUAUAUUAUAGUAUGUAAAGGAAUUUCAUUGUGCAUUCCUUUCCUAUAAGAAAAGAAUUACGUUGGAAUUUAUUUUUAGCCAUCGUACUCAACCUCUGAUAAAUUGGUUCCACUGAAGUGAAAAAAUAAAUAAUUCCAGACGCAGAGGAUAACAAUCAGUUAUUAUUAUUUUAGAGAUCUUCAAUAAUACUCCAAAAUCAAAACAUUAAUUAGAUUUCAUGAAAGGCAUUGACUGCGUGACCAAAACCCUAUAGAGUGUUCAUUUGAAACCUGAAUGGCCUUCGACCUCAUGUUUGUCUGUAAAAUAUGCAUUGUGCCUCUUGUAGUUUGAAUUAUAUAUAAAAUAUUUCAAGUGAAUUCGUAAAAGCGGAGCUGAAUAGGAAUGCCCAAAACAUUAAUACAAUUUCAUGAUGAUUCCAACAUUUAUUUCGCUCAGAGCGUAGUUCCUUCGUAGCGUAGUUUUGUGGUGAAUAGUCAAGCAUUAGCCAGGGAUUUCCUUGGAGCAACUCUUGCAUUUUUCUCCUGGCUUUCAAGUGUGAUUUUAGUGUAGGUUAGAGAUACAGCAUGGAAACAGGCCACUCGGCCCACCGAGUCCGUGCCGGCCAGCGAUCCCCGCAUAUUAACACUACCCUACACACACUAGGGACAAUUUACAUUUUAUACCAAGCCAAUUAACCUACAAACCCGCAAGUCUUUGGAUGUCUGUGGAAUUCUCUGUCUCAGAGGGCGGUGGAGGCCGAUUCUCUGGAUACUUUCAAGAGAGAGCUAGAUAGGGCUCUUAUAGAUAGUGGAGACGGGGAAUAUGGGGAUAAGGCAGGAACGAGGUACUGAUUGGGGAUGAUCAGCCAUGAUCACAUUGAAUGGUGGUGCUGGCUCGAAGGGCCAAAUGGCCUCCUCCUGCACGUAUUGUCUAUUGUCUAUUGUCUAUUGGAGGUAGACAAAAAUGCUGGAGAAACUCCGCGGGCACACCAGCAUCUAUGGAGCAAAGGAAGUAGGCAACGUUUCGGGCCGAAACCCUUCUUCAAUCUAUUGUCUAUUGUCUAUUAUCUCAGAGAAAACCCUCGCAGGUCACAGGGAGAACGUACAAACUCCGUACAGAUAAGCACCCAUGGUCGGAAUUGAACCUGGGUCUCUGGCGCUAUGUGCUGUAAGCAGCAACGUUACCGCUGCGCCACCGUGUCGACCAUGAUGGAAGGUCUAGACCACAGGCAGCUGGGAGGAAUGUCUUACCAUAGUUUUGCAUUUGCCAACUUCUUUCUUCCAUUAGACAUAGUGAACUGCACAGCUGGUUUUCAGCUUUGGACUUUCUCCUUUAAUGUACUAUUGCUGUGCAGUCUUCCUUGCUCAUGCUCUUCUGAAAAAUAAACAGGAAAUGUAAGCAGUUUGAUUUUGUAUCUACAUAGCCCAAUGUAGAUCACUCCAGCCCACUAACAGUACAGUGUUCAUAUCAUUUUUGAUAAUCUGGGACAGGAAUAACACAACAGAUGGCUGGUUAUUUUUUUCCACACAGAACAGCAAGCACCUGAAACAGUCUAAAAAAGGCCCAAAGUUAUUCUCAAAAACAUCAUUCUUUUUUGUUUAAAUUGUAAGACUAAUGGAUACAUCUUAAAGUUCAAUGUUGAGAGUGGAAAUUCAGCUAUUCUGUGAUUUAUCACCUGUCUGUUGAGCCUUUUACCUUCUAGCGAAUAAAUAAUUUAAAAAAACACGCAGGUGUUAAAAAUCUGAAAUAAAAAGAGAAAUGUCAGAGCAGGUCAGGCAGCCCUGGAAGGAGAAAUAAGAGACCACCUCUCAGAUCAAAGACCCUUCAUCACCCUUUAAAGUGAGGGGGGAAAGAUUUAAUAGGAAUCUGUGUAACUUUCUCACACAAAGGGUGGUGGGUGUACGGAACAAGCUGCCAGAGGAGGUAGCUGAGGCAGGGACUAUCCCAACAUUUGAGAAACAGUUAGACUGGUACAUGGACAGGACAGGUUUGGAGGGAUAUGGGCCAAACGCAGGCAGGUGGGACUAGUUUAGCUGAGACAUGUUGGUCGGUGUGGGCAAGUUGGGCCGAAGGGCUCUGUUACACUGUAUCACUCUAUCAGAACAUUUAACAGAGAAAAUAAAACCCAAUGUGCUUCUCAAAAACAUUUCCAAAGAAAGAUUAAUUGACAAGACCAAUGAAUGUACUUCACAACUCUUGGUAAGACAAUCUAAUGUUGGUUGGAAAUGUAAACGUUCUUGGGUUCAUAUUUAUUAUUGUCACGGGCACUGAGCUACAGUGAAAAGCUUCUUUUUUUUUAAUGCUAUCGGAUCAAAUCAGAUAAUACUACACAUAAAUACAAUCAAGCCAAACUCAAGUACACGAGGUAAGGAUACAGAGUACAGAAUAUAGUUCUCAGCGUGUAGUGCAUCAGUUGCAUAGACAAAGUCCCUUGUCCACAAUGGGGUAGAGAGGAAUCAGACAGUAUCAUUGGUAUCAUUUAAAAAUAAAUUGGAUAGGCAUAUGGAUGAGAAGGGAAUGGAGGGUUAUGGUACGAGUGCAGGCAGGUGGGACUAAGGGGAAAAAAAAUUGUUCGGCAUGGACUUGUAGGGCCGAGAUGGCCUGUUUCCGUGCUGUAAUUGUUAUAUGGUUAUAUGGUUAUAUGGUAGUAUCCUAGCUUAUGGAAAGACCAUUCCGAAGCCUGAUAACCAUGGGGAAGAAGUUAUUCCUGUUAACAAGUCUUUGAUCUGAGACGUUGAUGCUCUUUCCAUGGAUUUUGCCUGACCUGCUAAAGUGUUCACAACGUAUUUUGUUCUUCUUCCUUUCUUGUGAAGCCAGGGGAAUGAGGAGAGGAAUAAAUGUCGGGUUUAUACAGGCUACCGAUCUGAUAUCAUCCCUCUUCCAUCCAGCGGGAUUGCAAAUCCUGCCUAUUACUCCCAUCCUUUAUUCAGAAUGCAAGGUAGUCGUUAGAAAAUAGUUGCUGCAAGCUAUCAGCAGAAGUGUGAUGAUUGCGGCUCUCAGCAGAGGAAUACAACUAAACAUUCCCCAGAACUGGAAACAUGAGGCAACAUGUUAGCAAAAUAUUCCCAGCAUUGCAAAGAUGGGCGUGAUUCUGGGAUAUUCUGUUUCCUUUACUUGGAUCCACAUAGGCUUUUGCAAAGAUUCUUCCAAUGACAAGUAUACUUCUUCUACUUCAACUCUUCUGCCCUGUAAAAUCUUAACCUGGUCUGAGGAAUUUAAUCUGUGGGGUAACUUUUUCACACAAAGGGUGGUGGAUGUACGGAAUGUGCUGCCAGAGGAGGUAGUUAGGGCAGGGACUAUCCCAGCGUUUAAGAAACAGUUGGACAGAUACAGGUUUGGAUGGGGUAUGGGCCAAAUGCAAGCAGGUGGGAUGAGUGUAGCUGGGAUAGGUUGGAUGGUGUGGGCAAGUUGGGCCGAAGGGCCUGUUUCCACACUGUAUCACUAUGACUCUAUCUAUGACUCUAUCAGAAAUGGAUUUUGGGCUUGCUUACUUUUAUUUUGCUUUCACUGGCAAAUGGAGAGCAAUGGAAUGAUGGCCUCUAUUCACUCUAAAGUGUUUUACUAUUCCUGCGAUUACCUCAGUGGAGUUUAUUUCUGAGGGAGCGUGCAACACGCUGAUGUGACUUCACGGUGUGUUUAGCACCAUUGUCUGGGAAUCAGUUUUGAGGCUAAUGUUUGCAGGAUUCUGACCUCCAGUGGACAAAACAAACAUGGCAAUACAGCUUUGUCCCACCUCUCCCCACCGCUCUUUUCCAGCUUUCUCCCCUCACUCCUAGCAGUCUGAAGAAGGGUCCUGACCCAAAACAUUGUCUGUCCAUUCCCUCCACAGAUGCUGCUUGACCCGUCGAGUUUCUCCAGCACUUUGUGUUUUCUUUUCGAUGUUAUAACAAAUUGGCUCAAUAUUUGAAUCAAAUAGUGACCUGACUGAAGAAGGGUCUCGACCUGAAAUGUUGCCUAUUCCUUUUCACUAGAGAUGCUUCCUGACCUACUGAGUUACUCCAGCACUUUUCUAACACCGGGUCAAUACAAUAUUGAUUCAGCUCAAGAAUGUAUUUACAAUAUUUGACACUAUUUAACCGUUUUCAGCAAAUUAAUUGUCAAGAUAAAUACCUUCAGUUUUUUUUAAUCUUGCAUAAUUUUUUUACCAUAUGUUAAUUUGAAGUGAAAUUUAAACAUAUGUGGAGGGUCAUUAAUUUUGUUCCGAAUUCUUCCUCUCAUGAUGGUACCUGUCUUCAUUUUGACAUUUUGCCCAAGAUUCAUUUUCUGAGCAACCAUAUCUCUGCAGAAUUUGUAUUUAUUUUUUUAAUGUGGUUUGUGUAUGGGCAGCACAGUGGUGCAGUUGGUAGAGCUCCUACCUCUCAGUGCCAGAGACCCGGGUUCGAUCCUGAACUGGGGCUCUGUCUGUGUGGAGUUUGCAUGGUCUCGCUGAGACCAUGUGGGUUUCUGCCGGAUGCUCCGGUUUCCUCCCUUACACGAAAGAGGUACCAAUUCAUAGGUUAAAAAGCCUCUGUAAAUUGCUGCUGGUGUGGAGAAAGUGGAUGUAAAAGUGGGAACUAGUGCAAACUAGAGUGAUCGAUGACCGGCAUGUUUCCAUGCUGUAUCUUUCAAUCAAUUCACGUAAUCAAAAACAAUAUAACAAUUCUAGCCUAAUCCUCUAAACAGCCAGAAUCCAUUGAGACCAUAAGGACCAUAAGAAAUAGGAGCAGAAUUAGGCACUUUGCCCCAUCGAGCUCACUGCCAUUUGACCAUGGCUGAUCCAUCUUUCCCUCUCAAUCCCAUUCUCCCACUUUCUCCCUGUAAUCUUUGUCAUCUUUACUAAUGAAACCUCUAAAAAAAGACAAAACAUCCAAGAAGAUCUUGAAGAAUCUUUCAAUACAAACUUGGAGUUCUCUUUUUAUUACUUACAGUAGACACCAGGUUUCCAUUCUGAGCUCCAUAUCCAGAAUUUUCUAUCUAAAUAUUCCAAUCAAGGCAGCGAUUUUUCCUUCUUAUUGCCAGGUUUAAACCUUAUGGGGUAUCAGAGCUGUCUCCUGAGAAAUGCACGAUAACUGCAAAAUCCCCGUUAUUCUGCGUAGAACGAUAUUUUCUUGCCUCUGUGUGAAAACUGAAAUAUUUUGUCUUUAACUUCCUUGUGUCUUAGUGUUUUAAAUAUGUGUAGGUGUCUGUAGAUCUAGUAUAUAAACGUGAGAACUCACUGCAGUUGUUCCUCUACAUUUGUGAACUUUAACCUAUCUCUGCCAGGGUCAUCGCCAGAAUUUAGUUGGCCAGAGGGACAAAGCGCUUUAGAAAGUCUAUAGUAUAAUAUUUCAACAAUUAAAUUUGUGUAGUAUACAAAUUUAUAAGAUUGUACAGUCAGCUCCUGUAGAUUCUCACACACACGAUGCAUAUGCAAUUUGUAGAUUCAUCAAUAGUAAAGAAAUAAAGACCUACAACUGCUAAAUAACCAUUCGACAAACUAUUCAUAAAUUAUAUGUAACCUAUUUAGAGUCUUAUAACUUAAAUCCAAUGCUAUCCAAUAGGAUAAGUGAAAAAUCCUAUGGUUGUUCUUGGUAUUGCCUAUGAAUCUUGUGUAUAUAGAUAAGAGUAACGCAAUACUACCAUUAGUAUUAUUAGGACAUUUUCUACAAAUAUAACGGGAUGGGGAAAACACGAGUGCAACAGAAUUUGUUAAUCAGAAUGCCUCUGUAAAACAGAUCUCACAUUAGAUGUAAGUACUUCAGCACAGUCACUUUACUAGCUUCUGAAUAUAGUUCGGCAUGCGAUUUCCAGUGUGACGUUUGUGGGGGGAGAGGGUGGGGGGGGGUACACUUUGUAUGCGUUUGCUGAAAAGAUGGACGGCAACUUUUGUACAUUAAUGGAAAGUAAUUUUGUGUCUACUCACCCUUUAGUGGAAAAGGCACAUGAUGUGGUGCAAGUGUUAACACAAGCAAAACCAAACAGUCUAGCUGUAUAUACAAUACAAUACGGUUUUAUUUGUUACAUUGCACAUAAAGUGCAAGUGAAAUGAAAUAUACUGUGCAGAUCAUGUGAUGCGGUUAACAACAAUUUGUUAUAAGUUGUAAUGCAACUGGUAACUGAAGACGCAAACGGUGGAGUUUUAGCAAAUUAAUGUAUAUUCCGUUUUCCUGUGCUUUGAGAUAUAUUUUCGGUUUUGAGCAGUGUCAUUAAUUGAAGAGGUAAUAACUGUUUAUUUAUACUUAUAGUCGACAGCCUGCAAAUGUAUUCAACGGCCCUCAUUGAAACUAUAAAACAUUAAUGAUGAAAGCAAAGAUCAUUAUCCAGAAGUGAAACGCACCCCCUGUGAUCUUGUAAUAUAACCACGUUCUAAAGUCAAACUAGGACAUUCUAAACACAGGUUACCUCAUGAUUACCUGAAAAAUGAAUACAUUUAAAAAUGUUGCGCUAUAACUCAGCUUCUAAAUAAAUACAUACAUGUAUAUACCACUCUUUUAAUUCCUGUUUGUCCCAUCAAGUGUUGUUUUCUUGCCAUCUUUAAUAUAAAAACUGUAUGGCACUGGGAUCAAUAUCUCACUGAUCAUGAAUGAACAUUUGACUUCAAGAAAUGGCGGAACUUCUUCAGUUGGAAUGAAACGCUAACAUUUAGGUUGAUCCAAUGUUCAGGUUAAAGUAUUAUAGUUUUACAUUUUCUUACACGACAAUGCUGCGACUCCCUUUAACAUUGCAACGAUACAAGAUACCUCCCAAUCUCCCCAUUGUCCUGUGAAUCAAACCAUCCCUCCCUGACUCUCGCACAACCAUCACAUCUUUAGUGAUGAGGGAUUCCAGCAACAGGCGGGAAGAUUCCCCUUGGAGCCAAGAACUUUGAGAGGACCUUUGUUGGAAGUGCAUAGAAUCAUGAUGGAUUUAGACAAGGUAAAAUGAGGGAAGUUACUCCAAGAAGUACAAGUUGCAAGAAGCUAUGGGCACAGAUUUAAAAGUUGCCUAUGGAAAGCCAGAGAUACGCCCAGAAUUUUUUAAUGCAGAGGCUGCAUCUGAAUUGAAACUCACUACCUUUACGGAUGGAGAAAGCUGAAUCAUUCAGAGUUUUUAAAGAGGACUGGGAAGAAAAGAAGAGAAUAUAUAGGCAAAAUAUGUGGGAAGUAAGGAAUGUUUUUAAUACCAAGACUUGUUCUGAUCUGGAACUCGCUAUCUUUACCGGUGGUGAAACCAGAAUCAAUCAGAGGCUUUAUCAAGAAAGGGCAAUAUCACGCAGAGUUUUCAGAGAGAAUAGGGAAGAGAAUAAUUUGCAAAAUAUAUGGAAAGACUGAGGAAAUGGUAUUGAUGGGAAUGGUGGUUUAGACUUGAUGGGCUGAAUAAACCCAUUCUGUGCCAUAACACUUCUAUGAUUCUGAAAUAUUUUCCCUGCAGCCUCAGUAUUUUUUUUUAAAUAAGCAGUGUCUUUGAGCGAUUGAUUAUAUAUUUAAGCAAGUCAACAAACCUUGAUUAACAAUGGAUAAUGAUCAGUCGCUAGGCUUGCACACAACUGUUUUUACGCCAAUGGUGCCAUCAAAAUUAACACACGAUGAAACCAAUUUGCCCCUUCUCCAUCUGCUCCCCACUUUCAGUAACUUUCAGCUCAUGCCAUCAUAGAAACAUAGAAACAUAGAAAAUAGAAAAUAGGUGCAGGAGGAGGCCAUUCUGCCCUUCGAGCCUGCACCGCCAUUCAUUGUGAUCAUGGCUGAUCGUCCCCUAUCAAUAACCCGUGCCUGCCUUCUCCCCAUAUAACCCUUGACUCCACUAGCCCCUAGCGCUCUAUCUAACUUUCUAUUAAAUCCAUCCAGUGACUUGGCCUCCACUGCCCUCUGUGGCAGGGAAUUCCAUAAAUUUACAACUCUCUGGGAGAAAAAGUUUUUUCUCACCUCAGUCUUGAAUGACCUCCCCUUUAUUCUGAGACUGUGGCCCCUGGUUCUGGACUCACCCAACAUAGGGAACAUUUUUCCUGCAUCUAGCUUGUCCAGUCCAUUUAUAAUUUUUAUAUGUUUCUAUAAGAUAUCCCCUCGUCCUUCUAAACUCCAGUGAAUAAACUCCAUUGAUGACACGUUUUAAAUGAAAAGCUGAAAGUAAACUGUGGAAAUGGAUGAUCGGCCUCAUCAGUCCGUGACACUGUGUGUUAGACCAUUCACGGGGGGAGCCUCCAAAGAAGACACUGUUGAAGCAAUUAAACAAGUUAUGUUUCUCAUUUGCAUGGGUGAUCAAAUAAAUCAAGUUUGAAUGCUCCCAGGCAUAGAGUUGUCCAAUUUUCAAUCAUAAUGUUCUGAUUUCUUUCAUAUUAUUGUACAGUUUGUCUUCAUGCUAUUUUAUGGAUAUGAUGUCACUGUGAUAUGGAUUAAUAAAACAACAUUAUUUUAUGAUAACUCGACCAGAUUACAUUUGAUAGAAUUUAUAAUGAUUGUAAAGUAUUAUGUAUGGUUAUUUGCAAACUUUGAGAUCAAGUUGGGUAUUGCUUCCAGCAAUAGCCUUGCACUGCUACGAUUUUGUUUAACUUUGACUGAAAUUGACUAAUGUUGUUCCAUUUUACGAUCAAUGGUGGAUGAGGCUCCAAUAUGUAUUGUCCUUGUAUUCUUUCUAAUGGUAUAAUAUUAAAGAAUACCACACACGUAACUAUAACCUAUUGGACCAGUAUGUAACCAGUAUUACAGACACAAAACAGAUGAUUUAAGGGGCUUAAGAAUAUCUAUUACCUUAAUUUAAAAAGUACUAUAUUUGACUCUCCUGUUCUUAAUGUUGGCGAUGUCCCUGACUGCAAUGCAUCUGUUCAUAGUCAGGUUUGGGCAAAAUAAACCCCACCGCUCAUCUACUCUAUACGCUUGCUCUUGUGUGUCAGCUGCUUGUGUAUAAUUUUUCCUUUAUCUUUCUGUUAAUGUUAUCCAAAAACUGGGAUGAAUAUUGCUUGUAUGCUGCAACUAAUCAAUUGGAUUUCAGUACACUAGAUCUACAGUGUGUUGAUCGUUGAUCGUUGAUCUCCUAAGUUGUGUCUAUACUUGUGAAAGGGCAUGUCAAAUGUAGAAUGACUGUAUGUACAGUGUAAAUUAAAAAAAAAAAAUGUGGGACUGUGUAUAAAAAGAAUUGCCAAAAUAAAUAUCAUCGGUGUAAUGAAUAAAAAGGUUCAACGUGAGCCAUUUGGAACCAAGAGCGUUUUUGCUCUGUGGUAUUAAAAUAAAUAAAAUCAACAAUGUUCUAAGUAGAAAUUAUUUGAAAUUGUGUUUUUGUUGAGCACUCAAGUUAAUUAGCUGAUGGAAGGAAUCGCAGAGGAGGGAAUACAUUGGCAGCAGAGUAAAAAUAGAUUAUUUUUCAAUACUUCCAGGAUUUUGCCACAAAAGUCCGAAAGCAUUGCAUCAGGCCCUUCAGCUUACAGCAUGGAAACAGGUCUUUUGGGAAUCGAGAACCAAAGGACAUAGGUUUAAGGUGAGAGGGGAAAGAUUUAAUAGGUACUCGAGGGGCAACUUUUUCUCACAAAGGGUGGUGGGUGCAUGGAACGAGCUGCCGAAAAUGGUAGUUGAGGCAGGUACUAUUGCAACGUUUAAGAGACAUCCAGACAGGUAUAUGGAUAGGAUAAGUUUAGAGGGAUAUGAGCCAAAUGCAGGUAGGUGAGACUAGUGUAGAUGGGAUAUGUUGGUUGGCGUGGACAAGAUGGGCCGAAAGGCCUGUUUCCUUGUGAUAGGACUCUGACUAUGACUUUCUCCAUGCCAACUAGGAGACCAGCCCCAUCUAGGCUGGUCCCAUUUGCCUAUAACCAUAUAAUAUAACCAUAUAACAAUUACAGCACGGAAACAGGCCAUCUCGACCCUUCUAGUCCGUGCCGAACACUUAUUCUCCCCUAGUCCCAUGUACCUGCGCUCAGACCAUAACCCUCCAUUCCCUUCCCAUCCAUAUAACUAUCCAUUUUAUUUUUAAAUGAUAAAAACGAACCUGCCUCCACCACCUUCACUGGAAGCUCAUUCCACACAGCUACCACUCUCUGAGUAAAGAAGUUCCCCCUCAUGUUACCCCUAAACUUCAGUCCCUUAAUUCUCAAGUCAUGUCCCCUUGUUUGAAUCUUCCCUACUCUCAGUGGGAAAAGCUUUUCCACGUCAACUCUGUCUAUCCCUCUGAAGCAUUCCUAUCCACCGUGCCUGUCCAAGGGUCUUUUUAAAACAAUGUUCAUUGGUCCUUUUUAUAACAUGAUCUUAAGAACAAAUUUCUGACCUCAUUCUGUAACAGAUAUCUAUUUGAAAUGCCAGGUCCCGUUUCGUUCUCAGUGGCAUUCAAAUGUACGCAAUAACAUUUUCCUCUUCAUUUACUUCUUUUCGAUCUGGCCUUGGUGUCAAGGCCAGCAUCUGUAUUGACCAGAAAAGAAUAGGUUAAAUAUAUUAAAAUAUUUUAAAUUUCAGUCUGGAGAAGGGUCUCGACUUGAAACGCCACCCAUUCCUUCUCUCCAGAGAUGCUCCCGAUCCCGCUGAGUUACUCAUAGAAACAUAGAAACAUAGAAAAUAGGUGCAGGAGGAGGCCAUUCGGCCCUUCGAGCCAGCACCACCAUUCAUUGUGAUCAUGGCUGAUCGUCCCCUAUCAAUAACCCGUGCCUGCCUUCUCCCCAUAUCCCUUGACUCCACUAGCCCCUGGAGCUCUAUCUAACUCUCUCUUAAAUCCAUCCAGUGAUUUGGCCUCCACUGCCCUCUGUGGCAGGGAAUUCCAUAAAUUCACAA